AUGUCCUCUGCCGUCGUGGUGCACACAACGCCGCCGCUGAACCCUCUCCCGGCCUCGGAUGCCGUCUCUAUCCGACUCCUGGGUAUUCUGCGUCUCGGGGGCGUUUCUCCUGGUGUGACCACCGCCGACUGGUCCGCGAAUGGCAAACCAUUCAUCACACUGGACAAUAUCGCAAUCCAGGAGCGGUAUCUCUCCUCCAUCCCGGGUUGGUCGGACCCUGACCAUGCGCUGAGCGCCGAGCAGGCUGCGGACGUGGUCGAGUGGAAGGCAUAUGUCGACGGCCUUGUGACAGACCUCAUUAACCACACCAUGUACUCGCUCCCGCCUAACUAUCCUUUCCUCGCGGGCGCGCAGAUCGCUGCUUGCCCAUUUCCCAUGAACCACUAUGUGCCGCACCGACUUCGCAGCAUCCACCGGAAUCGUCUGCGUGUGACAGGGCUGUGGGGUCUCGGUGGUGGUGAAGACGUGGACGACACCGACGCGCAGCGCAAGAAGCUUGAGGACAGCGUUGUUGUUGCGCCUGGUGGCACCCAGACCCAGCGCGCGUGGUCGGGCUUCAGGUCGGGCCGUGAGGUGGCAGAGCGGCAGCGCAAGUUCGGCGAGGAGGCUCUCCGCCAGCACGCGUAUGCCGCCUUCGACCCCCUUGCGCGCAAGCUCGGGGAGAGCCGAUACUUUUAUGGCAACAAGCCCACGUCGUUUGACAUUGCGCUGUUCGCGCAGCUCACUCUCGCGCUCUCUGUCAGCUGGCCUAACCCCCUCAUCGCCGACCUUCUGCGUGGUAAAUACCCUACGCUGAUCGCGCAUCACGACCGCGUACUCAAGAAGCUGUACCCGGGCGGAUGGAGCUCCAUCUCGCGCCAAGCACCAGUAAUGGGCCCGUCGUUCGUGAGCUCUGUGCGACUGUACCUCCCUUCGUGGCUGGGCGGGCCGAGCGAGGAGAAGAAGAAGGACCCCGAGGUCGACGACCCGCGCGACAUCGACACCAAGAAGCGGCUGCAGCGCGGACGGUAUCUGUGGUUUGUCGGUGCGGGCGCCGCAUUCAUCUCGUACAUCAUUUACAGCGGCCUGCUCCAGAUCCAGUUCAGCGACGACGAUGACGACGAGGAGUGGGGAGAAGGGUGGAUCGUAGACGAUGAGGAUAGCGACCCCUUCGCCUCUCUGGUGGACGAUGACGAGGAGGAAUAG